AUGCCGUCCCUCCUCACGCGCCUCCGCACCCGCGCGAUCAGCCAAACGACCGCCACGUCUGACUCUUCCCACUCCGCCGCUACCGCACACGGCGCCUCGACACCCACGACCCUCACGCCCUCCACGACCACGCACUCGCACUCGCAUUCGCAAUCGCACUCAAGCACCAAGCCUCAGUUCCAGCCCCUCCUCGAACGUAAGAUACACCCCGACGUUAAUUCCCUCCUCGAAGAAUACUCCUCUAUACAACAUACCCCGCCCCCGCAUACCCCUGCGCCCACCAGACCGCCGCAGGCGAGGCGCAUAUACAGACCCUACCACGAACGCCACUCCUCAGAAGAAAUCGUCCCCGUCCCCCUCAGGCCCCGCCGCCCCAGCCUCCCGACCGUGCCCGCCGUCUCGCUGAACGACGACGAGCUCGUCACUGCCACCGCGGAGCCCACGCGCCCCCCGUCCGCGGCGAGCCGCGCGUCCAAGGUCAGCCGGGCCUCGCGCGCAGGGAGCAACGGCGGGCGACUGCUCUCGCGCAUCUCGUCGCUCGCCUCGCCCGGCGAGUGGUCGACGACGUUCGGCCGCGGGAAGCAGGAGCGCGCAGCGGGCGAGCAGCCUUCGCCGUGGCGCGCGCGCCUCAGGUCGAAGGGCCGCGGCGGCGGCAGGGCGAGCGGGCACGGCUCGCCGUCGACGACGCCGAGCACGCGGACGCGCUCGUCGGACACGAUGAACAAGGAGAACGCGGACCGCGGCUCGGCGCAGCACUCCCCCUCCGCCUCGCCGUCCGCCUCUGUCUCCGUCUCCGCGUCGGCGUCGGUGACUCCGUCCAGCAGACCGCGUGGGAGCACCACGCCGGGAUCGCACGCCUCGCGCGGCGCGCGCGCGUUCGACUCCCCCGGGACGUUCGGGCGCCCGUCGAGCUCGCUCGACUCGCACUCGCAGUCCCACUCUCACUCACAACAUUCACAGCAUUCUCACUCGCACGGGCAUGGACAUGUCUCGGGGGCCGCGACCCCACCGCCGCCGCUGCCGCCCCUCGACCACCCCGAGCUCGCCUCCGUCCUCCUCGCGCGCGCGAACCCCGCCACCGGCAGCGCUGGGCGCGGCAGUGGCGGCGGCGGGGCGCGCACGCCCGAUCUCGAGCGCGCGUUCGAGCUCGACGAGCACGGAUACACCCUCGGCGAUACCGCCGCCGCCCCCGAUCCCCAUCCCCACCCCCGGUCUGAGCCUCGCCCCCAGGCGCGCGCGCACGGCCAGACGUAUCCGCCGCGCGCGCAGCCGCGGCCGUUUGCGCUCGCGCUCGCUGCGCAGCAAGGGCAGGGGCUGGGGUUGCGCGGGGAAUCGUUGCCCGUGCGCGCGCACAGGAACAGCACGAGCCCGAGGAUCCACCUCGACGCGAGCGCGGGCCUGCUCGCGGACGUGCACACGGCCGCGGACGCGAGCGGCGUUGCGGACACAAGCGCGAACGUGGAUGCGGAUAGCACGUUCGGGCCGUUUGCACUCGCACGCGUCAUUCGGCCGUACCGCAGCCUGCCGAAGGUGCAGAACAUCUUCACCGCCCUGUCGUCGCCUGCGUCGUUGGCCUCGCCGAAGAUGCACUCACCAGCGGCCGCAUCCGCGGCGUCUCCCGUACCGCAGGAUGCGGGCGCCAAGUCGCCGACGUCGCCGGCGUCGCGGUUUGGCGAGAUGGUGCGCGCGCGGACGCGCACGCGCACGCAGUCGGCGCGGAGCCAGGGCCACGGGCGGCGCACGAGCGCAGACUAUUUCGCUCAGCAGGCCACGGCGGGGACGGCUGUGGAUGGGCUGACAGAGAACCACGCGAAGGCGCGUGGAGGUGGGAAGGGGAAGGAAGAGAAGGAGAGGGGAGAUACGGGAGAAGACUGGGCGGCGCGCGUGUCGCGGGAGAUGGUGCGGCUGUCGCUUGGGGGGGACGUUGCGCUCGCGUUCGGGGGCGGCGACGAGGUGGUCUCUGCUGCCCCCGAGGCGCAGCGCGCGCGCGGGCGGACGGGCAGCAGGGGGAGCACGGGGCAGGGGGGGCGAGGGACGACGGCGCCGGGUGCGGGGAUUGCCGGGGAGAACAAGGGCGCGGAGCCGGCGGCGCGUGGGCGUGGGGACAACGUGCCUCGAGAGAGACCCGCUCGCUUUUCAGCACCCUCUUUGCUCUCGUCCUCCUUCUCCCUCCCCCCUCCCCCGCCCCCGCGCGCGCAGUUCCCCUUUCCCGCUUCUUCUUCUGCUGUACCCCUUUUUUCGUCGUCGUCGCCACUGGGGGGCGCCCCGUUUGUACAGGUAUCUGCUGCGUCAGCGCGCGUGCGCCGAUCGGAUCCGUCGAUGUCGUGGAGUGUGGGCAAUGAGGGGGGGCAGGAGCAGGAGCAGGGCGCGAGGAGGGGGGAUCGGGAUCGGGAUCAGGAGAACAAAAUGCCGAGCCAGAGCCAGAGCCAGAACCAGGGCCGCGAGAAUGGGGGGAUGGCCUCGCGCGCGGGCAGCGUGCGCGGGGCUGGGGCUGGGGCUGCGGGCACGAGGGUGUUGCGCAGCUCGAUGAAGGGCAAGGGCUCUACGCGGUCCGCGCAGCGCAGCGCGCGUGCGUCCGCCUCGUUUGCGUCCUCGUCGAAAGACCCCGAGCAGCAGGAUGCGACCGGGUCGCGGUCCUCGGCGCUCUUCCCCUCGGUCGCGUUCAGCAGCUCGACGCUGAUGCCUGGCGAGGCGGCGCAGUAUGGUGCAGGCGAAGCGGGCGAGCCGUUCCGGACGCCGCCGCGCUCGCGCGCGCAGAGCGCGACGUCGAUCGCGAAGGGCAAGCGCAAGGCCGAGGACGUCGACAGUACGCCGCCGGACCUACGGGGCUCGCCGCGCGCGACGUUCGCGAUCCCGGCUGAUCCACGCAGUGAGUACCAUCAGCGUCCAGCCGACCUCUCACCCAUCGCCCGUCGACGGUCUCGCGCGUGCCCUCGUCCUACCACCGCAAGCGCGCCCGCCUGUCCGCACCAACCACGCCCAGCCCCUCCCGCGCAGGCUCCACCACCGCACAAGCACAGCCCGCCACCACUACCACCACCAUGGGCACCUGGUCCUCCCGCACGUCCUCGCGCACCCCCAUCCACAGCCCGUCCCGCGCGCCCUCCGCGCGCGAGGGCUCGUCUCCCGCCCACGUCGUCGCCGCCGCCGCUGGGUCUGCACCGCACACGCCGCUCGAGGCCGCGCACGAUAGGCGGCGCAGCCUAUCGCAGAUCUCGAUCCCGCUAAGCGCGCUCGUGACGCCGCACGCGCCGUCGAUCGCACCGUCGGGGACGUUCCACAUGCGCGACCCGC